AGAAUCGGGAAUGCGGAAUCCGGCGAGCGAUAAAAACGGGGCUGGCUAGCAGCAGAGCGGACCAAAAGGCCGCGGGGAGGCGAGGAGGCGGUGCUGGCCUGGAAUUAAAGGGACAUCCGCUCGGGGACGAAUGGGGGCAUGAGGCGUCGGAGCCACUGCGAUCCAGCACGCAAGGACCGAAGGAAAGAAAGAGGGGGGGGGGGAAUUCGCAGACCAGGGCAAAUUCCACACGCGAGACACGAGGAAAGCGAAGGCAGAGAGACGAAACACAGGAUGGACCCGAGAGAGAAACGAAAGCAAGAGGAAGAAGAAGAGAGAGAGGGAGAGAAGGAAGAGGGAGCGAGCGACGGGGAGGCGAAAGUGGAGACGUGGAGGAAUUCCAGGCUUAGUCAAGCGUUCCGGCCCUGGCGAGGUACCGCCUGGUACCGGGUACGCCAGUGGCCCGUCCAACGGCUCACAAUGCAAGGUAGAGUGACAUCCCUCCCGUCGGCAUUCUUCGAUGGAUGUUCGGCGCCUUUCGCUGGCCCUCCGGAUAUGCCAUCCUAACCUCGAACCUGAAUUCUAAUCCGUUCCCGACCAUGGAUGGCCUUAGCCUCUUCUGGCUGCGGCCCUGAUCCGGUUUCUUGGUAAUCCG